UGAUAAUACGACCGAGUGCGGCGUCCGGCCAGUCAGCAGUCACUAGCACCAGUUGUCGCCGUUGUCCGCGUCCACAGAGGCAGAGGGGCGACCAUAUAUUCCACAAUCCAAUGCCUACGUCCACCUCCACCUCGCCUUCUUCGCUUCUUUACUCGAUUUAAGUCUUACAGUUAUUCUUGUUCGCUCUUUAAUAACGGUUGUUUGCGUGUUGCGUGUGCGAAAGGGAGGAAGCGAUUAUUUAAUUUAAGUACUGGCCGUACCGCGUGUGAGAACGAACAGCCGCCGUGUAUGUGGGUGUAUGUGUGUGGAACCGCAUCGAAAUUCCAGAUAUACAUUAUACAAUAAGCCUCAGUGAAGUGAAGUUUUCAGUUGUUUAUGGGCACCAUAACCAAUACCAGAAACAAAGGUCAACUCAAGCCCGAUAUCCGAUAGCCGGAGUGGAGCGAUUGCCUGGACUCUCACUCUCUCUAACCGAUUUCCCCGAUCCAGGUUCAACGGUGCAUUCGCUCUCGCAUUAUCUCUUCUAAAGUUCUUCCCGCUCUCUCUCUCGCGCUGUCGCCUCUCUUUGGAUCUGUUAUCAGUAGUGCAGUAGCAACAGAAACUACAUAGAAAAUGGGUUGCACCGGCGGCUAUUUGUCGGAGGCUCAUUUGCGGGGCUUCGAGCGUUACAAGUACAACUGCAUAGACACUGGUUUCGUCAGUGUCUAUAUAAUGCACCCAUUCUGGAACUAUUGUGUAAAGUUCUUGCCCAGAUGGCUGGCCCCCAAUCUGCUCACAUUUGUGGGCUUCCUCAUGACCGUAGUGAACUUUAUACUGAUCUCCUACUACGACUGGGACUUCAAGGCCGCCAACGACAAGGAGAUCGGCAAUACAGUGCCCGCCUGGGUGUGGACUGUGGCGGCCAUAAACAUAUUGAUCUACUACAAUUUGGAUGGCAUGGAUGGCAAGCAGGCGCGUCGCACUGGCACUAGUGGACCGCUGGGAGAGCUGUUCGAUCACGGGCUGGACUCCUAUUCCGCAGCACUGAUACCCAUAUAUAUCUUCUCCCUGUUCGGCACCCAAGACCUGCCGCCUAUUCGAAUGUUCUUCGUGAUAUGGAACGUUUUCCUUAAUUUCUACCUAACUCAUGUGGAAAAGUACAAUACGGGUGUGAUGUUUCUGCCAUGGGGCUAUGACUUCACCAUGUGGGGCGUGAGUGGAAUUCUCUUUCUGGCCACUGUUUUGGGACCGGGAAUCUAUCGUUUCAGCAUGUACGGCAUUACGAUUGCCAAUGUGUUUGAGUUUACGCUGAUUGGAUCUGGCAUGGUUUCAAGUCAUCCUAUUAUAGCCAGAAACAUCUACCUUUCCUACAAGAAUAAGACGGGUAAGAUGCGUCCCAUGUGGGAGAUGCUGCGUCCCUUCUUUGCCUUCGUCUGGCUGUUUGUGAUCACCGUGAUCUGGUCGUUCUUCUCGCGGAACGAUGUGAUCAACCUAGAGCCGCGCAUUCUAUGGAUACUCUAUGGCACCAUAUUCUCCAACAUAGCCUGCCGUUUGAUUGUGGCCCAAAUGUCGGAUACCCGUUGCGAUGGCUUCAAUGUGCUCAUGUGGCCCCUGGCGGCCACUGUGGGGGUCUGCUGUUUCCCCUACUACGAGCAGGUCUUCGGAAUGGAUCUCACAGCGGACGGAGAGCGUUGGAUAGUCCAGGGCCUGACCAUAUUCUCUACCUUAGCGCACUGGCACUACGGCUAUAGUGUGGUCUCUGAAAUGUGCAAUCACUUCCAUAUCAGAUGCUUCAAAAUCAAAAAACAACCGACUGUCGUCGCGGAACAGGAACUGCAGGAGGAGUCCAAAGCCAUAGAGCCCACGGAAACGGAAAACGUAAACAUUGAAGAAGUCUAAGCACCAGCAGCAGUCGAUUCUACUCUUUCGCUUUUGUGUGUUGUGUUUAAAUUCGUUUGCUAGUGUUCAAUUAUUAAGCAAAGUUCAAAGUGUCUGUAGGUUAAGUAUGAAAUGGCAAUGAAAAAUACAAUUGUUAGUCGAAAAGAGAGA